CGGCGCUCUUCCCGCUUUACUUUAGUUCGCCGGAGUCAUCCGUCCGCUCUCGUCUGUUUGUGCGUCAGCUGGCUGUCAUCUAUAUCUGGUUACGUUCGUAAAUCGCCGUCUAUCAUCCGUUCACUCGCUUCCGGAUUCGUCCACCUCGUGGUCCGUCUCGCGUAUCUUUCGCGAUCGCGGAUCCUCUUGGGCGAAUCCCUCGACAAUGGCCACGACCAUGGACCACUACGACGGCUUUCGCACUUUCUCUUGGUUCGCGGACUUCGUCGGGUUGCCGAUCGACCAGGUUAAUUUCGUCUUGACACAAUUUACAGCACUCAUAUUAGCCGGAUUAUUCAGAUCAUCUUUGAGCCCUAUUGCUGCUACUCCAGCUGCCAGACACGUUUAUGGUCUUAUAAUUGGCCUUGCCCUCGGAUAUUUUUGUUUUGGCAGGCAGGCGAUUCAUCUCGCUAGUCUUCCAGCAUUAUGUUACGUAGCGAUGCGUACACAAAAUCCUCGCAAUAUGCAAAGGGUCGUUCUUGCAAUAGCGUUGAUCUACUUAUCGUGCAUUCACUUUCAACGGCAGAUCUACGAUUAUGGCUCGUACACGCUGGAUAUUACUGGUCCUCUCAUGGUUAUAACACAGAAAGUAACUAGUCUCGCGUACAGCAUUCACGACGGGUUAACGCGACGAGAAGAGGAGCUGACACCGAUGCAGCGUCAUCAAGCUGUACAGAAGAUACCAACUACUUUGGAAUACUUUAGUUAUAUUUUUCACUUUCAAGCCCUAAUGGCUGGUCCAAUAAUAUUUUAUCGUGAUUACAUGGAUUUUAUAUACGGACAUCAUUUACCAGGAUCAAAAUCUUUAACUAUUUUCUAUGAUAAAAAUAGUCAAGAGAAAGAAAUUGUCCUGGAACCGUCACCAACUCUGGUUGUUGUAAAGAAAGUUGUAGCGAGUUUAGCAUGUGCUAUUGUAUUCAUCACAUUCAUUUCUGAUUUCCCAAUACAACGUGUAAAAGAGGACGAAUUCUUGAAGAAUACGAGUAUGCUUUAUAAAAUGUGGUAUUUGAUGCUGACGACGAUGCUCUCGCGCUUCAAAUACUAUCAUGCUUGGUUGUUCGCCGAUGCUAUAUGUAACAAUUCUGGCCUCGGGUUCAGCGGUUACGAUGAACGAGGCAAGCCAAAGUGGGAUUUGACAUCCAAUGUCGACGUUUAUAAGUUCGAGACAUCGCUUAAUCUUAGGGACAGUAUCGAAAGUUGGAACAAGGGCACAAAUUUGUGGUUGCGAUCGAUUAUGUACGAACGAGCUGGUCGUAACAAAGUACUCUUUACGUACGCUCUGUCUGCUUUUUGGCACGGUUUUUACCCUGGAUAUUAUCUCACAUUCGCAAGUGGAGCGUUUUUCACUGUAGCGGCACGUUCGGUCCGUCGUCAUAUUAGGCCAUUGUUUUUGGAGUCUCAACGAAAGAAGACUUUUUACGAUAUAUUAACGUUCAUUACGACAAGAAUCGUAAUGGCCUACAUGACGUUCAGUUUUAUACUGUUAGAAUUUAUGCCAAGCAUUAAAGUGUACCUGUACUUGUAUAUGUUCCCACAUUUAUUGGGUUUAAUCGCGAUAAUACUUCCACCCCGUCUGGGAUUAUCGAAAAAGGCGCAUAAACAGUCAGCCGAGAUUGAUCUCUCCGAAACAAUUAGCAAUGGAAACGCACACAAAACAAUGUAGUCUUCUGAUAACGAUGUUAAAAAGACAGAUAUUUUUUAUGGAUGUUUUUAAUAAUAUAUAUACAAAUAUAAAUACAUACCUAUAUACAAUACUUGUUAUUACAAUACAAUUAUAUGUAUAUGAAAGUCUAUCGACAAUGCGCGUGUACGCAUUACGUUUAUGUAAAAUAUUAUCGAAAUUAACGUAUCAUUUUCUUUUAUAUGGCAAACAAGAAAAAUUUUAUAAUUAGCUUAAAUAUAUGAUAAUUUUAUCUACGAUUCUAUUUACAAAUUUCACUCGCUCUGCUUCCUACAUGUCACAUGAGUAAAAUGGAUGUAAUUAAAGAGUCAUAUCGCAAUUAAAGAAAUUACAACAGAA